CAAAAGUUUAUUCCUUGCUCAUGGUUUCGUUUUGAAAUAAGACACCCUGGCUGCAGAGAGAUGCAGUCUACGACAACAGUAGUUGCUGAUGGAGUCUGACCAUGGAUGAGGAGCUUGACCCUGAUGGUGACAAUGUGAACUCCGUCUUGACUCAGGAAUCCUCAGAACUGCUCACCAUCCUUAGCGGUCAGUCCCCUGCAGUCAUCAUGAGCUUGUACCAAAUGAUGCCCGGUGGCGCCAGGUGGGACAUUAACACAAACAGAACAGAACACAUCAAAGCCAUGUUGGAGUACUUCAUGCUGGCCAGCGCUGCAGAUUGCCGCGACUUCCUUCAGAGCAUGUGUAUGUUGUGUGAGAACAUCCCCAUGCACCUGGAGUCGAAGCUCAUUUCCCUGGCUGGAUAUGCAAACACUGAUGUUAUACACUCUCCAACUGCAGCACCAGUGCCCCUGAGAACCACAGAUGGUAGUGAAAAUCCCAGUCCCACUGUAACGGAUGUGAAGUCGCCCUCGCCGCCCUCAGAUUGGCAGCUCAGCAAAAGGCCACGGAUUGGUAGACCAUACACACAACACUUGUCCUUUGUUACAUUGCAGCUGCAUUAGCAUGCACAAACCAACCUGGCAACUGGCCAUUUACUGGUUAACAUCCAUGAAUUUAUUGCUGGCAAUUUGUCCUGCUGCCACUUGCAGGACAAAUUGGAACGAAAAAUCUCUACAACUGAA